AUGAUCCACGACGCUUUACUAAUAUUAUGGGAUUGUUCUCAAAUUAAAACCACCGGACGAGAAAACAAUGGAAUUGCAUAUGCUGGGCAAGGUGACGCUGAAAUAUUUGCAAGAAUAAAUAUAAUAGCUCAGAAUCAUCACCGGAUUCAGUGUUUUGUGGAAGGCAAUGGAUUUCAAGCCAGAAAAACAAAAACAGCAUCAGGUCUUAAAAUGUGUGGUUUGUAUUCACAAGCUUUAAGUGAAGGUAUAUCUGAAGUAUUACAAUCAUACAAGAAAACACUUAUGGAGGUUGAAAGUCUUGUUAUAGGCAAUCAUAAUUAUACUCUAUCAUUUGUAUAUAGUUAUGUCGAAGGCUUUCAAGGCUUGUUCCACACAUUAAAUAAGAUCAUAACGACUAUUGAAGAAAGAAAGAGGUUUGGAUGUCAGAUAUUGAGCUUGCUGCAUCAGUAUAUACUGACAGGUGAUCAAAAAGUGCAUGAUGCCAUUUUGAGAGUAUUUGCCUAUAUCAACAAAGUAUUUGUGAAUCAACUGUGUACAUGGCUGCUCUACGGCGAGCUAAUGGACCCUUACCACGAAUUCUUUGUAGUGAGCCAAGGCCACGACAUUUCAGACACAUACUUGUCUACACCUUCUACAACAACAUGUGAUAAAUCUCUUGUAUCAACACUGCAAGAGACAACCUUGGAAAGUGGUUACAUACUUAAUGCCAAUAUGAUACCAUAUUUUGUACCUCUUUCACUGGCCCAAGAAAUCCUAUUUAUUGGAAGAACUGUUAUUCUAUUUGGUGUUGAUCCUAAGAAGAUGAAGAAGAAUAAUUCCAUUGUUCUUAAUAGGACUUUGAUGCCUUUACAGAAGUGUGGUAUUGAUUCAAGAAGGUUUACGAUUUGGGAAGAUAAAGAGGCUCAAUUUCAUGAGAAGUUGCAAAAACUAAAGAGCCCUGAAGUAUUCGAAGUUUGUAAUCUACGAAGAGUCAUCAGAGAAAUAAAACAAUGUGUCACUAAGCAUUUAUGGACAGUGGCAGUAGAAGAAGCUCAAUUGAUCCAUGAACUGAAACUUAUGAAAGACUUCUACCUUCUUGGUCGCGGUGAAUUGUUCUUGGAGCUAUUAAGAUUAACAGCGCACAUGCUGGACAAGCCUACCGCCAGGACUUCAACGAGAGAUAUGAAUCAUGCCUUCCAACUCGCUACGCGAGCCGUCUUCCUAAGUAACAAUGCAGACAUAGAAAAGUUUAGUUUUGAACUACCCUACGUAAAGCCAAAUGUGUCGGGGAACUCUUCCUUUAACGAUGACAGUAGUACUGUUUUUGACGGUUGGUCCAGCAUCAUUCUAAAGUAUGACUUCAAGUGGCCCUUACAUUUAUUGUUUACACCUGAAGUGUUGGCGCGAUACAACGACAUGUUCCGACUUCUGCUACGUAUAAAGAAAACUCAGCAUGAUUUGCACUUGUUGUGGAAGACCUACAAACAGUCUACAAGUUUCUCAAUGUGCCAGUUACAUAACAAGUUGAUGUUUCUUAUGGACAACCUCCAACACUACCUGCAGGCUGACGUAUUAGAGACGAACUUCUCACGUCUGAUGGACGCCGUCAACAGGACCAAUGACUUUGAAAAACUCAAGAAGGCACACGCCAAUUUCCUGGCUGACAUACUUAGCCAAUCGUUCUUGACUGUUACUUCAUCAGCAGAAAGCGAUUAUUCAGGAGACACCGCAGAUUCGUUAAACAACCCGGUGUUCUGCAAUAUAAUGGAUCUGCUGAAGCUAUGUCAUUCAUUCUGCAGCUUGAACGAAGCAGUCACUGAUAAAGAAGCUGAGGAUUAUUAUAUCAAAGGAUAUUCCGAUAGGUUCAAUACGUUAGUAAAGCAAUUAAUGCAGCUUCUAGUAUCGUUGCGUGAUCGUCCAUGUGGUGUGUACCUCGCCCGUUUGCUUAUGAGGCUGGACUACAACCGUUGGCUUAGCGGUGAAGCACAACUCACGCAGUCGGUUACUAACAUGUUACGAUACUAA